UGUUUUUCUUUCAUAUCAUAAUAAAAGCUUUUGUAACAUCUUCUCUCAGUUUCACCGGGAAAGGAAAACACACGUUCCCCUUUUCUUUUGAUCAAAAUGGCCUUUACCGGUGGGAUACUCACGUCGAUCGUCCGGGCAUUUUGGAAACCGCAGCUUACAACCGUCCGAUACAGAUAUCAUGCGGACAAGGUAGAACGUGGACCGCUGGUGAGACGGUACGGCUACAAGGAUAAAAUACUGCAAAGAGGUCUCUUGCCGCAUCUGGACAAUGGGCAGAAGCUUCCGAUGCCGGACUAUAAACCGAAAAACGCUUGGUGCGAAAAGCGAGCAUUGUUCGGUCAGAACGAUUACAUCGACAUUCUAGGCAAUGACCGGUUGCAUCCUACCCGCGUUCUGUACUCCGUGCCGUCGUGGCUGCGCGGCGUAUCCGGAAACGAGUAUCAGGUGUUGCUGCGGAAACGGAAAAUGCUCAGUCACACCAUCUAUCCCGUGGCCCGGCCCACAAAGUGGCGGGAUAUGGAGAAACGCAUUUCCUAUCUUUAUCGGUUCUUGAAUCGCAAAACUAAAACAGGCUUUUCGAACGUUUAGAUUAAGAUGGUUCAGCAUGCUAGUAGCCGCGUUAUAGACAUUACAUACAGCAAUUGUAACUGGUCAUUAAAUGAUAGGUUUUAUUUAAAGCAAAGAAAA